AUGGUGGAGGCUAUUGAGACCAAAUGCAUCAUAGACUCUGGCACAGAGACUCAAAAGAGUAGUGCUGAGGGUAUGGGCUACCUUCUCAUCUGGCUUGAGACUAUGGCACUAUUUGACAGAGAUGACAGGUGGGCUGGCUUCCAGGCCUAUGGAGGCAAAGAACAAGGGGCAACUCUUCAGAUUCCACUUGCAAAGCCCCCGUGCAGGAACGGGCCGGCCCCGUGGCCGUGUUGCCCUCGGGGACCCGUGAACGGCCUCUCGAACUCCCGUGGCGGCCGGGCGCCGGCGGGACCGUCCCGUACAGGACCGCUAGCCGGCCGUCGACGCCGCGGCCGCCGCUCCGGGGGGCGUGGUCGUCAGCCGCGUAACGGGCCCCGCGCUCCGCGCUCGGCCUGGCCUCCGCCACCGGCGGGCGGGGCCUUCGGGGGCCGCGUGGCGAGGACGGAUCCCGAGAGGGGCCACGGCUCCCCCGCCGUCGGGGCCGCUGCUGAACGCGCUGUGCGUGACGUGAGGCGCCCCUGUUGCAAUGGCGAGCUGAGCCAGAGGAUGUGCAUGUGCAGCGGCGGCGCCGGCCACGAAGAGGACGAGAGCCCGCUGUUGCCUCGCGCUUCCGAGCUGAAGCGAGCAGGCCCGCGGCGCCGUGCCAGCCCCGAGGGCUGCCGGCUGCGGCAAGCAGCGGCGUCCCUGGCCGGUGGGGCGCACGGCGAUUCGCCUGGGGGGCUGCGCGGGCCGCACGGCCGGGCGCCGGAUGGCGGCCCACAGGACAGUAACUUUCUCUUCGUGGGAGUCAUGACCGCCCAGAAAUACCUGCAAACCCGCGCCUUGGCUGCUUACAGAACGUGGUCCAAGACAAUUCCUGGAAAAGUUGAAUUCUUCUCUAGUGAGGGUUCAGACACAUCUAUACCCAUUCCAAUAGUGCCACUACAGGGUGUGGAUGAUUCUUACCCACCCCAGAAGAAGUCUUUUAUGAUGCUCAAGUACAUGCAUGACCACUACUUGGACAAGUAUGAAUGGUUUAUGAGAGCAGAUGAUGAUGUUUAUAUCAAAGGAGAUCGUCUGGAGAACUUUCUGAGGAGUUUGAAUAGCAGUGAGCCCCUCUUCCUUGGGCAGACAGGCCUGGGCACCACAGAAGAAAUGGGAAAACUGGCACUUGAGCCUGGUGAGAACUUCUGCAUGGGGGGGCCUGGUGUCAUCAUGAGCCGGGAAGUGCUCCGGAGAAUGGUGCCACACAUUGGAAGAUGUCUCCGAGAAAUGUACACCACCCACGAGGAUGUGGAGGUGGGAAGAUGUGUCCGGAGGUUUGCAGGGGUGCAGUGUGUCUGGUCUUAUGAGAUGCAGCAGCUUUUUUAUGAGAAUUAUGAACAGAACAAAAAAGGUUACAUCAGAGAUCUCCAUAACAGUAAAAUUCACCGAGCCAUCACAUUACACCCCAACAAAAACCCGCCCUACCAGUACAGGCUUCACAGCUACAUGCUUAGUCGCAAAAUAGCUGAGCUUCGUCAUCGCACGAUACAGCUCCACCGAGAAAUUGUCCUGAUGAGCAAAUAUAGUAACACUGCGGUUCACAAAGAAGAUCUCCAGCUGGGAAUUUCUCCAUCCUUUAUGCGGUUCCAGCCCCGGCAGCGGGAGGAGAUUUUGGAGUGGGAGUUUCUUACUGGAAAGUAUUUAUAUUCAACGGCAGAUGGUCAGCCGCCUCGGAGAGGAAUGGACUCAGCCCAGAGAGAAGCCUUGGACGACAUUGUCAUGCAGGUCAUGGAAAUGAUCAAUGCCAAUGCCAAGACCAGGGGCCGUAUUAUUGACUUUAAGGAGAUACAAUAUGGCUAUCGCAGAGUUAAUCCCAUGUACGGGGCUGAGUACAUCCUGGACUUGCUGCUUCUGUACAAGAAACACAAAGGAAAGAAGAUGACGGUCCCUGUGAGGCGGCACGCCUACUUACAACAGACCUUCAGUAAGAUCCAGUUUGUGGAACACGAGGAGCUGGAUAUAAAGGAGUUGGCUGACAAAAUUAACCAAGAAUCUGGAUCCUUAUCCUUUCUCUCAAAUUCCCUGAAGAAGCUUGUUCCAUUUCAGCUUCCUGGGUCAAAAAAUGUGCACAAGGAGCCCAAAGAGAAGAAAAUAAACAUAUUGGUUCCCUUAUCUGGACGCUUUGACAUGUUUGUGAGAUUCAUGGGAAAUUUUGAAAAGACAUGUCUCAUGCAAAAUCAAAAUGUCAAGCUUGUUGUUCUGCUUUUUAAUUCUGACUCCAAUCCUGACAAAGCUAAACAAGUUGAACUGAUGAGAGAUUACCGAGCUAAGUAUCCUAAGGCUGAUAUGCAGAUUCUGCCUGUGUCUGGAGACUUCUCACGAGCUCUAGCCCUUGAAGUGGGAUCUUCUCAGUUUAAUAAUGAAUCUUUGCUCUUCUUUUGUGAUGUUGACCUUGUGUUCACUACAGAAUUCCUUCAGCGAUGUCGAGCAAAUACAGUUCUGGGUCAACAAAUAUACUUUCCCAUCAUCUUUAGCCAGUACGAUCCAAAGAUUGUUUAUAGUGGGAACGUUCCCAGCGGCAAUCAUUUUGUCUUUACUAAAAAGACCGGAUUCUGGAGAAACUAUGGCUUUGGCAUUACUUGUAUUUAUAAAGGUGAUCUUGUUCGAGUGGGCAGCUUUGAUGUUUCCAUCCAGGGCUGGGGGCUCGAAGAUGUAGACCUCUUCAACAAAGUGGUGCAGGCAGGUUUGAAGACAUUUAGAAGCCAAGAAGUAGGAGUAGUUCAUGUCCAUCAUCCUGUAUUUUGUGAUCCCAAUCUUGAUCCCAAGCAGUACAAGAUGUGCUUGGGUUCCAAAGCCUCAACAUAUGGGUCCACACAGCAGUUGGCUGAAAUGUGGCUAGAAAAAAACGAUCCAAGUUACAGCAAAAGUAAUUACAAUGGCUCAGUGAGGACAGCCUAGUGUCCAGCUCUGCUGGAAAAAGACAUUUUUAAUUACCUAAUUUAUUUUUCAGAGACAUUUUGUAUGACCCAGUUUUGAAGCCCAUACAAGGAUAUAUUUUACAAGUGAUUUUUUUUACAAGACUUCUUUAAGAUUGAGCUUUUUGAACAAAAUUGUGAUCAAUGUUUACCUUUGAACACAUCUUUUUGCUGAACAUUAUGGAGUAGACCUGUUUAACUAUGACUUGAAAUAGACCCAAUGAACCAGCUUUGUCACAUUUUCUUUCCAGAUCCCUUUGCAACGGUCUUAGGGCAGAAAACGUGAACAUCCCUGCAAAGUAUUAUUGUAAUAAAACUUUGUGACUCUAGUAAAUGUUCUGUUGUGACUGUCAACAUUGCACAGAUUCUAUCUUGUCUUUUUUUACAAGGAUUUUUACUUUUUUAAAAGACCAUUUUAUGUUCCAGUUGUAAUAUAAGGAAAUAAGAUAAAACUUGUAUCGUCAUCCUUGGAAGGGCUUUGCAAAGUUGAGUAUUUUCCCCAAUGCUGUGCUCCACUGUGGUCAUUGCCAUUUUGAAAGCAAGGGGGGUAAGGAAAGCACACCAUGGUAGAUGGGGUUGUAAUCAUAAUUUGUUUGGCCUAAAUGGACCUGGUUUUGAAUUUCAAGAAGGAAUUGUCGUUUUCCCCUCUUUAUAACCCCUGUCUUUAAAGUAAAAUAUUAACAUUUAGAAUGCCAAGAAGAACUAUUGUAAUAAAUAGAACGAUGUAAGCUUAUAAGCAAAUGAAAGUGUUGCGGGGAAACAUACCUGGUUUUGCUUAGUUCAUCCUGUCUCUGUUAUGUUGGUGGAGAUGGCCAUUCUGUAAUCACUGUUUUGUUUUAUCCUUCGAAAGUACCUUUAAUUUAUUUAAUGUUCAUUUUGUAGUGCUCUGCCAUCUCUGGACUGCCUGUUAGUUACUAGUAUUCGUGUGUAUCACUGUUUAGUAUGUUUGAUUUUCAGUGAACUGAUCUCCAAAGAUUUUCUUUAGUAAAUGAUUUCCUUCCCCUUCUUAAUUUUUAUAUUCUUUAUUGUUUUACUAAAUAUUAAGUGUUCUUAGACUCUGGUGCUCACAAGUUUUGGGAGGCAAAAGUAAAAUUAAUCUGUCAUUACUCCAGAAGUUUGUUUUAAACUCACAGAUCAAAUGUGCCUUACUAUUUUUUCCCCCAUUUAGAAGUCAAACAAUGGUAGAAUUGCCAUUUUAAUCUACAUCAUUGGAGAUCUACUUAAUUGUAAAUAGUGUAUUGCUCAUUUGGAAAAAUAAACCAGUGAACAAUAUUUUUCUAUUGCA